UGUCAAGUGCGGCCGCCAUGUUGUUUACGGAUGUUGCAAUGCAGACGACAGAAAGUUUCUGAUGUCAAUUUUAUUCGAGUAAUGAUUGAUUUUUGAUUAGUUUGAGCAUCAACCAGGCGAAAUGGCCGACGUUGCUGAAAAGGGUACAAGUGAAGAAAAGCCUGAGGAGCCUGUACCAGAAAAUACCUACACAAUAAGGCCGAAUUUUAUGCACAAAUUCCGGCCAGUGAGUGCCAAGGAGGUGAUUCACAUUGUCCUGAAUGAGAUGCUAGUUGACAAGCAGUAUGAUGCUGAGGAAACCACGGCGUGGUGUAAAGAAAUCAGUAGCGAAAUAAAGGAUAAACUGAAAGCUCUUGGCUUGAACAGAUAUAAGUACAUAGUGCAAGUGGUGAUCGGUGAACAGAGGGGCGAAGGGGUCAAGAUGGGCUGUCGAUGUUUCUGGGAUUCAGAUACGGACAACUACGCACAGGAUAUCUUCAUGAAUGAUACGCUAUUCUGUGUAGCUGCUGCCUUUGGGGUAUUUCACUACUAGACGAAGACGAUAGGAAGUCAUCAAUUUCAUUUAUGAGGAGGAACGCUACGCGUUUGAAAAUAUCCCCUACUCUCAGCCUGAGAUGGCGUGGCGACCAACGCGCAACCUCCAGUGUGAUAACUCGAAGAGAAGAUGGACUAAGAUGUAGAUUUUUUAAAACUAUUUUAUGUCCUUUAUACAUUAGACUGUUCUUAAUCUUGUAAAAUGACGCUGACGUGUUCAUAACUUUGUGUCACAAACAAGGGGCAACCUCCAUCUUUAUUGAGAUGGAGGCAUCUUCUUUACUUAAAACUGUAGUGGGAUUGGAACAAAAUGCUGUCCGUUUUGCAUAAUUUUUUUAAUUACUCUGACAUUGUUGGUCAACAUUUUUGUAAUUCACAAGUUCCUCAUACAAACAUAGCCAAAUAAAGUGGUGAGAGCCCCUUUAACCAAGAGUCAAGCUACUAUAAACUGACCCUGGAAAUCCUAGCCAAACCCCAGCCCCUCUGACAAGAACCACUUAUUUGUGUAUUAUAAAAUCCUUUUAGUGAGACUAGCCGGCCUCCUCACAGGGCAUGGAUAAUCAAUCAUCCUGUCAGCAAGACUAGUCAGCAAGGUCAAAUGACCGCCGUUUGCAGUCUUAACACUGUAGACCAUAAAUUUGACAGAAGGCAAAUAGUGAAUUUGGUCCCUGUAAUACAGUGUACUGCAAACUACAGUACAGUCAUGGAACCUUGCAUGGUAAAUGCCAUGCUAACGUCCAGAGUUUGAACAUGACAAUUUCUGCUUCAAUCUUCAUGGUGUUUUCAAUUGCUAUCGAAACUGCUCCAGUCUUUACCUUCAGUCCCAAUACUUCUGUAUUUAUGAUUAUGACCCUAACAUUUUUUUUUUGAAUAGAGUAUCUUUAAUUUGUGGGAUUGACGAAUAUUUCCUUUGUACAUGAGUGUAAAUAUGUUUCUUUAGUCAAUCAUACUUCAGUAUUGCUUCGUUUGUUUAUGGUGUAAAUCGAGGACACACACGUGCAACAUCAUCGAUGAAUUGAGGACAGGAACCAAAUCAAGGACAACCUCGAUUAGAAAACGUGUACAAAACCAAUGAGAGCUGUUGCGAAAAAGGAAAACAAAGGAAAAGGGAAGAGGAACAAAAGAAAAUCCUCAAUUUUACACAAUAAACAAAUGUGUAUGUACUGGUCUUGGUUAAUCAUAGUUCAGUACUGGUCUUAAGAAAUGUAAUGUAUCAACAACAAAAAAUGACUAGGCGCAGAUAUGAUUAUUAUAAGGUUGAAGAAAUAUGUCUUUAAAUCUGUGACCUCCGGAUUUCCAAAUUUGUCAGUGCUUGAUCCAAUCAAUUUUUUUGUUGAUGCUUACAAUUGUGAACUGUAAAUUUGACAAGUGUUUGAUUAUUGGGUACUUCGUUUUACAUUUACUGAAAACUUGAAAACAUUCAUUUAUUGUAUGGGUUAAAUUUGUGCAUGAUUGCACCUUUGACUAGUUUUGGUCCAAGACUAGUCUGGAGAACUUGGCAAUAAAGAGCAUACCUCAAGCGGGUGCGUUCGGUUGAAUACAGGGCGUGUAAGAUAUACUUGGAAUUUCUCUGGUUUGCUUCGCCAAAGUUCCCAAGUUAUGGAUUUGUUGGUAGCGCCUUUUAACCUCAUACCAGCCUGACCCUGCUUACCAGGCAUUAAGACUGGCUGAAUCAGGGGACAACAAUUAAAUCCAGGCUUGUAACAAGACUAACCUUGGACAGAAAAUAUGUACAAAACCAGACAGAUUUUAGAAUUUGUAUUUGAAAAUAUGCAUUUGGAAUAACCAUAAUUUUAUUGCGUAGGCAUCACUUUCCUCCAGAAAUAGAAAAAGGUAAUUGAAAAUUACGAUUGAAAAAGGUAAACCGUGGUACAUACAUGUAAAUGGUUUAUACGAAACUGCUAGAUACCCUGGUUAAAAUACAUGCAAAAUAAAGAACAAUUAAUUUACAUGUAAAAAGAAAUUCACGAGAAGUUGAAAA